UCAACCCGUGACCAAGGAUUGGUUUAAAAGGUGUGGUUGUCGGCUAAUGGGCAUCUUCAGUGAGCAACCAGCCCACUGAGAGGUCCAAAAUGGCGUGGAAAUUUGGACUUCUUUGUUUAUUUGUGACCGUCGUCUUCGCUCAGGAUGACUACGGACGCAGUGGCAAAGAUCUGCAAACAAAAUUGAUUUACUAUUGUAUAGGCCUGGCGAGCGCCAUUGCCAACGCCGAAGCACUCGCCAACGGUUAUGGAGGCGGCAGUGCAAGCGCCGACGCAGAAGCAAACGCUCUAGCCAACGGAUACGGAGGAGGCAGUGCAAGUGCCAACGCUCUUGCCAACGCUCUAGCUAACGGAGGAAUCGGAGGAGCUAACGCCAAUGCCAAUGCACUUGCAAACGCGUUGGGUAAUGGAUGGGGAGGCGGUGCGAGCGCCGAUGCUGCCGCAAACGCGUUAGCCAAUGGAGGAGCUGGAGGAGCGAGUGCGGACGCCAUCGCCAAUGCAUUAGCCAAUGGAGGCGCUGGAGGCGCUAGCGCUAAUGCUCUUGCUAACGCUUUAGCCAAUGGAGGUGCAGGCGGAGCGACCGCGGAUGCGAUCGCCAAUGCCCUGGCUAACGGUGGUGCUGGCAGCGCUAAUGCUCAAGCUAUUGCCGAUGCUAUUGCUAACGGAGGUGGUGGCAGCGCCAGUGCCGACGCUUAUGCCAACGCUUUAGCCAACGGAGGUGCCGGAGGAGCCAGCGCUGAUGCCAUCGCCCAAGCCCUUGCUAACGCCGGAGCUGGAGGCAGUGCUAGUGCCGAUGCUUUUGCUAAUGCCCUCGCUAAUGGUGGUGCUGGUGGUGCAAGUGCGGACGCUGUUGCCCAAGCUCUUGCAAACGCCGCAGGUGGUGGUGGUGGCAGCGCUAGCGCUGAUGCCAUUGCGAACGCACUCGCUGGUGGUGCUGGCGGUAGCGCUCAGGCUCAAGCUCUUGCCCAAGCUCUUGCUAACGGCGCUGGUGGAAGCGCAACUGCUGACGCUCUUGCUAACGCUUUCGCCAACGGAGGUGCUGGUAGCGCCAGUGCUGAUGCCAUUGCCAACGCUUUAGCCAACGGAGGAGCUGGUAGUGCUAGCGCUCAAGCCCUCGCCCAAGCUCUUGCCAACGGUGCAGGCGGUAGCGCCAGUGCUGAUGCCAUUGCCAACGCUUUAGCCAACGGUGGAGCUGGUGGCGCUAAUGCCCAAGCCAUUGCUCAGGCCCUUGCCAACGCUGCAGGAGGCAGUGCUAGCGCCGAUGCUUUUGCCAACGCUCUUGCCAAUGGGGGUGCCGGAGGAGCCAGCGCUGAUGCCAUCGCUCAAGCACUUGCUAACGCAGCAGGAGGCAGCGCCAGUGCCGAUGCUUAUGCUAAUGCCCUCGCUAAUGGAGGAGCCGGCGGCAGCGCCCAAGCCCAGGCCCUUGCCCAAGCUCUCGCCAACGCCGCCGGCGGCAGCGCUAGCGCUCAAGCCAUGGCCCAAGCUCUCGCCGAUGCUGAACCUGGCAGUGCUAGUGCCUCAGCCCUAGCCCAAGCUCUCACAAGCGCCGCAGGAGGCAGUGCCCAAGCUCAAGCUCUUGCUCAAGCUCUCGCUAACACUAGAGGCGGUGGCGCUAGCGCCAGCGCUCAAGCGCUUGCCCAAGCUCUCGUUAACGCUGCUGGAGGGACCUCAAGUGCCCAAGCCAUGGCACAAGCCCUCGCAAACGCUGAACCCGGUAGUGCUCAAGCUUCAGCUCUAGCUCAAGCUCUCGCUAAUGCUGCAGGUGGAACCGCUGAAGCUCAAGCUCUUGCGAACGCUCUUGCGAGCACUAGAACAGGUGGUGGUGCUGGCGCUAGCGCUCAAGCUCUCGCCCAAGCCCUCGCUAACGCAGCAGGCGGCAGUGCUACCGCUCAGGCUUUGGCCCAAGCUUUAGCUGAUGCUGACGCAGGUAGCGCAAGCGCUCAAGCUCUGGCCCAAGCUCUCGUAAGCGCUGCAGGUGGUAGUGCUCAAGCCCAAGCUAUUGCCCACGCUCUUGCAAACACACGAGGUGGUGGCGGUAGUGCUUCAGCUCUAGCUGAAGCGUUAGCCAGCGCCGUUGGUGGCAGCGCAAGCGCCCAAGCGGUCGCACAGGCCCUCGCAAGUGCCGCAGGAGGCAGCGCGCAAGCGCAAGCUCUUGCUCAAGCAACUGCAAACGCUGCCCCUGGCAGUGCAAGCGCCCAAGCUCUCGCCCAAGCCCUAGCUAGCGCUGCAGGCGGCAGUGCCACGGCUCAAGCUCUCGCCUCAGCCCUCGCAAAUGCCGGAGGCGCCAGUGCCAGCGCCCAAGCUAUCGCUAAUGCCCUCGCUAUUGGAGGCAGCGCCGAUGCUACGGCAAUUGCAAACGCAAACGCGCACUCAACCGGAUUUAUACCUCCUCCUCCACCCGCUCAAUGCUCAUACAACGGCCAGAUGAUAGUAAGAGUAGUCCCUGGUACCGAAAGAUACAUUCCUUGCCCCGCUGUCGAGGUCUGUGGAUGCUUCCAGACCCCAAUAGGUAGUCUCUACCUCAGCUGCCGACGAUGCCCCGGCUGUGUUCCUCGUGAUCCGAGACACGCUUCACUACCUACAAUUUUGCCCAUAAGUCCAUUUUUACCAGUACCACCUCGCCCAGCACCUCGUCCAAUACCAGCUCCCAUUCCGAUUCCGGAUGUAAUACCGUUCCCGAGACCGAUUCCAGGGCCCACACCGAUUCCUUUACCGAUACCAAGACCGACCCCCAUACCGUGGUGCCCACCACCAACCGUGAUCCCUGGCCCGCCACGACCAUAUCCAGUACCGGUCCCAGUUCCGAGCAAACCCGUCGUAAUCCCGGUACCAGUCCCGGUCCCAUCUCCGCCGAAGAAGAUCUACGUCCCCGGCCCAGUAGUGAGGGUCCCGGUACCAGUGAGAGUGCCCGUGCCAGUACCGCAGCCCUACCCAGUACCAUCCCCGCCUAAGAUCAUCAGAGUCCCGUACCCGGUCCCAGGCCCAGUUGAAAAGAUAUACGUGAAAGUACCGGUACCAUCCCCGCCCAUCAGAAUACCGGUCCUCGUUCCUGGUCCGGAGAGGGAUGUUCCGGUACCCGUACCGGUCCCGUCACCCCCCGUCCGCGUACCGUACCCGGUGAACAGAUAUAUCACUGUUCCUGGCCCGAAAGUACUCGUUCCUGUACCCGUUCCUGUGAUCAGAAACAAAGUCUUCCCGGUACCCGUCGUCAUAUACGUAGCCCCCGAAUGCAGGUCCCACGAACCGAACGUACCAUUCCCGAAACCAGGCGACGCUUGCGUCAUCCUCACUUGCCGCGUCAAAUACAACUACAUCUACAUCGAGAGCUACAGAAUCCCUGGCUGUGGAAUUCCAGUCCCACCCCCACCGCCGCCACCAACUCCAAUAUGGAUCCCCAGUGAGGCUCAAGCUCAAGCUCAAGCCCAAGCCCAAGCUCAGGCUCAAGGUGGCGGAUGGGGAGGCGGCUCAGCUGAAGCUCAGGCUCAGGCCCAAGCUCUAGCUAACGGCUACGGAGGUUCGGCUGACGCUCAAGCCCAAGCCCAAGCUCAAGCUCUAGCUGCUGGACUCGGAGGCGGUUCCGCUGAAGCUCAGGCACAGGCUCAGGCUCAGGCUCUCGCUCAAGGUCUCGGAGGUGCAGGAGGUUCAGCUCAAGCUCAAGCUCAAGCUCAAGCACUCGCUCAAGCUCUCGGCUUAGGUGGUGCUGGUGGUGCAGCUGACGCUCAAGCUCAGGCACAAGCCCUUGCUCAAGGUCUCGGAGGUGCCGGAGGUUCAGCCCAAGCCCAAGCUCAAGCACUAGCUCAAGCUCUAGGUUUAGGUGGUGCUGGUGGUUCAGCUGACGCUCAAGCUCAGGCACAAGCUCUUGCUCAAGGUCUUGGAGGUGCCGGAGGUUCAGCUCAAGCCCAAGCUCAAGCGCUCGCUCAAGCCCUAGGCUUGGGUGGUGCUGGUGGUUCAGCUGACGCUCAAGCUCAGGCACAAGCCCUUGCUCAAGGUCUCGGAGGUGCCGGAGGUUCAGCCCAAGCCCAAGCUCAAGCACUAGCUCAAGCCCUAGGUUUAGGUGGUGCUGGUGGUUCAGCUGACGCUCAAGCUCAGGCACAAGCUCUAGCUAACGGACUUGGAGGCGGGGACGCCCAAGCUCAGGCUCAGGCUCAAGCUCAGGCAGCUGGACUAGGCGGAUGGGGUGGAGCUGAUGCUCAAGCCCAAGCCCAAGCUCAGGCUCAAGCUCAAGGCUUAUUAGGAGGUUAUGGAGGUGGCGCGUCGCAAGCUCAGGCCCAAGCUCAGGCCCUCGCGCAAGCUUUAGCCCAAGGCAGUAUCCGAGACGGAAGCUAAGAGACAACUCAAUAAAUGACAACUAAGGAUCAACCUGUCAAUACAACGACAACCAGCAACGUAGUUAAGUUAAGCAUUGUAAAAAUAGACUAAGCACACCUCUUUUUAAUAAAAUCUAGUGGGAUUCAA